CGGCAACCUGCGGCUCCCGAGCCAUUUGUGGCUCUUUCACCUCUGUGCUGCGGCUCCCUGUGGCUUUGGGAAAUAAUUGACGGAAAGUGCUGAAACGCUUUGUCGCGUGUCUGGAAGAAGUGAAAACUUUCCUGGGCAGCAAAGGGCUCACCUUUCCUGAGCUGGAACAGCCAGAGUGGCUGGAAAAGCUACACUUCAUGGUAGACAUGACAGCGCACCUGAACACGCUGAACACAGCCCUUCAGGGGAAAGGACGCACAGCCCUGCACAUGUUGGAGGAUGUUUUGGCAUUCGAGCGCAAGUUGACGUUGCUUGCCAGAGAUUUACAGAAAGGCACUUUGUCUCACUUCCCCAAUUUGAGAGAGUUCAAACAAGGUCACGACAUGAUAAUUUCGGAGUAUUUACAUUCUGCAAUCAUCGCAAUGCAAACAUCGUUUGGGAAACGCUUCUGUGAGUUCAGAGAGGAAAAAAACACAUUAUCCUUCCCGGUCACUCCCUUAAGCAUCGAUCCUUCCCUACUGAAUACGACUGCAUUGGCAGGUGUGAGUCAACCUGAUCUUGAGAUGGAACUGGCCGACAUAGCCGACAAAGACAUAUGGGUGUCCAAGUUUAGACGCUUGACAGCAGACCUUGAAGAUGUUGCCCGUCAGAAGGCCGUUCUUGCUCAGAAACACAAAUGGAGUGAUAUUGAAAACCUUCCAAAACCGGACAAACUUGUGUUCGAAACAUGGAAUGCUAUGCCCGACAUUUAUGUAAACAUUAAAAAGUAUGCGCUUUGAGUCCUGUCGAUCUUUGGAUCCACAUAUGUAAGUGAGCAGGUGUUCUCCAACAUGAACUUUAUUAAAAACAAACAUCGCGCACGCCUCACAGAUGACAGCUUGCGAUCCUGUGUAAAGAUGAAGGUGACGUCAUACAGCCCUGAUGUGCAGACGCUGUGCGCUGAGGUCCAGGAGCAGAAAUCCCAUUAACCAAGUAUGAUAAAUAUUUUAAUUGCCUAUUAUUUUAUGUAUAUUCAUAUUUUUUCAUUGUUCAGUGAAAUAGUCCUUUUA